AUGGCUUCAGUAAAGUUCGCUGUUAUUGAUGUUAAUGAUUUUCUAUCAAAAAAGCAAUCAUCUGAGCCAGAAUUGGCCGCAGAUUGGGCUAAAUUAGAAGAACUUUAUAACAAAAAGCUAUGGCAUCAACUCACUUUAAAAGUUCAGGAUAUGGUCCUCCUUCCAUCAUUACAGAAAAACGACAAUUUAAUACAGCUUUACAAUAAUUUCCUUACCACAUUUGAGAACAAAAUAAAUCCACUCUCACUUGUGGAAAUUGUUGUACAUGUUAUAAACCAGUACACUAACAAAAAAGAUGCAGUUGCUUUCCUGGAGAAGGUUGAAGCAAAGGUGAAGAUGAAUGAUGAGGCUCUUGCUCUAUGUAAAGUUCUUCAAGGUCAGAUAUAUUUAGAACAUCUAAAUGAUUUAGAUGCUACAGAAAAGAUAAUUGAAGAUCUAGAAGGGAGCUUGGAAGAUGCUGAUGGAGUAACCCCUGUCCAUGGACGAUUUUAUAAGCUAGCUUCUGAAUAUUAUAGGGUCCGUGGUCCAAUGGGUCGUUACUAUCGUGCAGCCCUCCGUUAUGUGGGCUGUGCAGGUGGUGGUGCAGCCCUUGAACCAACAGAAAGGCGUGCCUGCGCAUUACGCCUUGCGCUAGCCGCUGUACUUGCUCCAGAUGUGUAUGAAUUAGGAGAAUUGCUCGCUCACCCAAUAUUGGAAUCAUUAGAAGGUACACCAGAUGCCUGGGCGUGUGAACUCGUCAAAGCUGUUGCUUCUGGGGAUGUAGUCGCCUUUGAGAAGAUACGGGCACAAGCCCCACACCAAGAGUUACAUCAAGCGGAUCGUCAGCUGAGACAGAAAAUCGCCAUCUUGUGUCUUAUGGAGAUGGCCUUCAACCGUACAUCUUCUCAGAGAAAGCUAACCUUUGCGGAGAUUGCUCGUGAGGCGAGGGUCCCUCAUGAUGAAGUGGAAUUGCUAGUAAUGAAGGCCCUGGCCGAGAAAUUGAUAAGAGGGCAUAUUGAUCAGGUGAGCCAAACAGUUCACGUGAGCUGGGUCCGGGCGCGCGCAUUGGGUCGCAGCGGUGCCGGUGCUCUGGCCAAGCGACUCGACAUCUGGUGUGCGGCUGCGUCUGGCGCCGCCGAUCUUCUGGCAAACGCGACGCCUGAUAUUCUUACCUUGUAG